AUGAGCACAACCAAAGGGAACGCCGCCAGCCCAACCACUGCUAGCCCCACCGCUGGAAGCCCGAGCUCGACGGGAUCGCCCAAUGUCGUCCCCGAUGAGAAGAAGCACAAGAAACACAACCAGAGUUCUAAGGGUUCGUCUGCCAAUGAGGGCAACGAGAAGUCCCCUGGCGCUGGUGCUGAAUCGCCAAGCUCAGCGUCUUCGAAAGCUCCCGGUGAGGUUCACGGCCAUGACAGUCGCGCUAGCGCGACGACGCCCGGUGAAAAAGCUGGCGGCAGUGGGGCAUCGCUGAAGAAGGCUUCGCAAUCGACGAAGGGCUCAGAUCGGAAUGCAGCAGAUUCCAAGCCUACAGACGAAGAACCGUUCUCCUAUAGAUCCUCAGAAUUUCCCAAAGCUCCCGGUGAGGUUCACGGCCAUGACAGUAGUGAUAAGGUGACGACGCCCGGUGAAAAAGCUGGUGGUAGUCGCCGAUUGCUCACGAAGGCUUCGCCAUCGACAAAGGGCCCACACCCGAAUGCAGCCGAGUCCAAGCCUACAGGCAAAGAACCGGGAAAUCUCAAGCCUGCGCCCUUGAAAGAGGAACCAGCCACUGCCGAGAACAAGCAGAAGAAACCGAACAGUGAACCCGGCAGUGAGGCUCAGUCCUACCACUCGAUGCCUCAGAAGUCUGCUCGCGAGGUUAGUGGUCACGGCAGCAGUACUAGGGCGACGUUGUCCGACGAUAAGGCUGGUGGCAUUCAGGCAUCGGUCGGGAAAGAUUCGCCACCGAACGAAGGCUCGGAUCCGAAUGCGGCUGCUUCCAAGUCCACUGGUUCCGAAAAGGGGAAUCUCAAGCCUGCUCCCUUGAACGAGGAACCAGCCACUGCCGACAACAAGCAGAAGAAACUAAACAGGUGA